AUGUCUCUGUCCCCCAAUAGCAACGCGCUGGCUCUGAAGCGCAAGCUGCAGCUCGCGGACACUUGCGUUGAAUCCGAGACCAAGCGCCUCCAUAUGCAGGGCUACGAUCCGCAGGCCCCAUGGCUGUACGAGACGAAGCCGCUCAACGGCUGGGGCAGGAUGGGGAAUCCGGCCGUGCUAAAUUCGUUGCCACUUGCGAAUAUGGUCUCUGCCGUUCAAGACUUGAUUGAUCCUGACUUUGAUCCGCUCACUGCGAUUUUGGAUGAGGAGCCUAGGUUUUUGAAGCCCUUGCCCGAAUGCAUCGCGCCGGAGGAUGUUGAGUUCUUGCGUUUUCGGGGUGCGCUGUCGAUUCCGGAGACGGGAUUGCGGAAUGAGUUGCUCAGGUCUUAUAUCCAAUGGGUGCAUAGUUUUAUGCCUGUUCUGAACUUGCAGGAGUUCUUGCGAUGCGUGGCUGAGAAUGACCCAAAUGGAAACGUUAGCGUGUUGUUGUUUCAGGCUGUCAUGUUUGUUGGGACUGCCUUCGUCGAUCUCAAGCACCUGCAAGACGCGGGAUAUUCAACCAGGAAGAGUGCGCGCAAUGCUUUUUUUACGCGAUUACGACUUCUCUAUUCACUCGACUGCGAAGAAGACCGUAUCGUCAUUUUGCAGACCCUGCUCUUAAUGACGUACUGGUCCGACCCCGAGAAUAGUCCGCAACGCGAUAUCUGGGACUGGAUCGGUGUGUGCAAUACGCAGGCGCAUUCCAUCGGCCUGAACACGGACCCAUCCUCAGCGAAUGACAUUGACCCGAAGACUCGACGGCUGCGCACCCGAAUUUGGUGGUGUCUAUACUCCCGAGACCGACUCAUUGCUAUGGGCAUGCGUCGGCCACUGCAAGUAAACGAGGGCACAAGUAAUGUUCCAAUGCUCAGGGCUGAAGACUUUGACUUCGAAACUUUCUCUCCAUCGGCAGUAGCGCUGUUUCGCUGCCGUCAGCUUGAAGACGUUUCGCAUCAGAAGCGCCUUGCAACCAUGUUUAUCGAAAAGGUCAAACUGUGUCAAUGCAUUGGAAGAGUUCUAUUUGCACAGUACGCUCCGUCGCAGCGUCAAUUUGGAGCUACAGAUCGAACAACCGUCACAUUAAUCCCUCGGCAGGCCUCGGAGUCUGAAUUUACGCGCUGCAGUCAGAAACUCGACUCCUGGUUGGGUGCGUUACCAAAGGAUGCGCAGUUCAUUCCGGCAUCAAAGAGCAACUUCCGCGAUGGCGAAGACGUACUGCUCUUACACGGUGCUAUGCUUCGUAUGCUUUUCCACGCUACCACUAGUGCCCUUCAUAGGCCAUGGGCAGCACACUCGAAAGACGCGUCGAAAACAAGAGUUGAAUGGAGGAAAACUGCUCGCAAGAAAAUGCAUGACGCAGCAGCAGGUAUCACGCAUAUCAUACAGGGGCUCAACCAGCUAAAUCUCACCCGAUUCCUGCCUCAGUCUGGGGUGACAGUCAUUCUGCCAGCUGCAGUUGCACACCUAUCCAACUCCAUGUCUGAGAAUCCAGCGGUACGAGAGAGCAGCAUAUACAACUUUCACCGCUGCAUCCAAGUUCUACAUUGCUUGAAGGACAUUUACCCAGCCGCCAACGUCGAAUUUGCAAACCUUCAAGCGGCAAUAAAAAUGCGUUCCGGAAACUGCAACUCCAAUACCUUCUUCCAGAUUAUGCAGUAUAACUUCAACGACCCAUCACCGCCCCCAACAAACAUCAAUACACGGAAACCCAGCUCCGCCGACUCAAUCGCCACGCCGAAUCCCUACCGCCGAGAAAGCCCCCAGGCAGAUAUCACAGGACUUGGUCCAAGAGCACCAUCAACAACACAACAAGAUCCCCACCAUCACCGAAGAACAAGCUCCGUAACGCCCCGCAAUGAAACACCCAAUCCUCACCAACAAGACCGCCGUCCUUUCCCAAAUGAUUUCGACGACCACUUCGCCAUAACAGAGAACAUCGACUCCACAUCCGCCGACAACCCAUUCAGCUUCCUGAACGUCGACUUCGACUCCUUCCCCAAUGCUACAGACCCCUCCAUCAACACAGAAAGAAACCUCCCGCCCUCAAAUGAAGACUUAGACGAGCUGGACUGGACACAGGCAUUAUUACGUGGAACUUCAAUACCGGAUCUGGAAAAGGAUCUGUUUCAAGGCGAUCCGCAUCCAGUUAGUAUACCGAGUCAACAGGUCCAAGGUGAAGAGCUGGAUCUUUUUUCUUUUGCGUUGAAGGAUGAUGGGGGUGGUGAACGACAUGAUUCUGCUGGUCAUGCUAGUGGUAUUACAGGGGAUUUAGAUCGGGAUUUAGGAUUUUCGGACUGA